UUGUCUCUCUCAUCUUUCGCUUCUUCCUUAUCAAUACUACUCUCCGUGUCUCCCAUCAUCCCCUCCAUACUUGCCUGAAUCCAAAUACAAUGAAGAAGAUGAAGAUCAAUAUAAUGCUGAGGAAGUGCAAGAGCUUGUCAAAUUGGCAGCUAGGAAGAUCUUCAUCAUAUAGCAGUUUGAGGUCCAAAUCUGUGAAGGAGAAUUUGUGGGCUGGAAAUGAGAUGCAGGAACAUGAAAAUUUUGAAACUAUAUUUGUUGGCAGCACAAGGAAACGGUACGUAAUCAGCUCCAAAUAUCUGAAUCAUCCUCUUAUGAAUGCUCUAAUCAAUAAGUCAAAGCGAAACGGCGGUGAUGAUUAUGAAAAUGUUUUGGUGGUUAACUGUGAGGUAGUUCUCUUUGAUCAUCUCUUGUGGAUGCUAGAAAAGGCAGAUCCAAUGCUCACUGCUGACUCUCUGGAAGAAUUGGCUGACCUCUAUGUCAUUUAAUUAAUUAAGAGUUCUCUUUAUGAAAUUGGAGGGGAAAUAUUGUCAAUCCAAUUUUUAUAAUACCACUCCCAUUAUAUGCUUUAUUUC